UCUCCACACCACUAGAUGGCGCUGAUGCACCUGUACAGUGAAGAAAAAGCACAGUCACAGCAGACACGUGGAUGUGGGUAAAAGCUGUUGAUAGUUGAAACUACGCUUAGUUUCUGUUUAUGGAAUAGAUGCGACGUUUUUAUAUGUAGUUGUAUUUGUUUUGUCAGACACGUUUAGUUUAGAAUCGAGUGUCAUCUAAGCGUGAUAUAGCCACAUACUGUUCGUUUAACGUUCUUUUAGACGUCCACAUUGCGGCUUCAUUGAGUUGAGUCCGCAUCAGAAAGUCUACAGGGGACAUGGCCAAAAAUAAACAGAAAGGCAAAAAGCAACAGAAUGUAUUUCAGGUUGCGAACAAACAGUCCAAACCCAAGACCAGAGCGAAACCCGUCAAGACCUCUUUGAAACAUAUAAACACGUUGAGAAAUGAAAAAGUGGAGAGCUUAAAUCAGAUGUUCACAGAAGUACAGCGAGAUGUCAAAAGUAUAUCAAAAGCAACAUCCAGUGGACCCAAAAAAGGACAGAAGGUGGUCAGAGAAGCUCCACGGGAAGCUGUCAAUGUGGAUAAUGCUGCCCAGCUUUUCUCUCAACUGUAGAAGACCAUUUUAACAUGCUGAAAAUGGAAAAACAAACAAAAACAGUUCAUAAUAACUGCCGAUCAUCGAUAUUAUUUAUUAUCACAUGAAUAUCCCUGUGUAGUUUUAAUUUUUUGCAGAACUGCACGAUUUCUAUUGCCCUCGUAGGACUGCUUUUGUAAAUGUACUCUGCAUGCAAAUCACAACCAAGCUUAAUGCCUAAAAAAUACAUUAGUAAGUUGUCCUAGAGCACUGAUUUUUUUAUAUUGUCUAUGCUUGCUGAAGCAUAAAGAACAAAGUCAUUAAAGACAGAAUUCUAUCAGA